AACUACACAGCCAGUAUUGAACAUUAACUGUAGUGAAUCGCUUUCACGACGCUCCUCACUAUAUAAAGGAAUUCGAGCAUCGACUUCAGUUACGUCAGUAUCGUCUUCUAGAAGUUAACAUGAAAAUAUUGCUCCUCGUAUUAAACGUGAUCAUUUUCCCGUGGUCACUGAUUUGCGUAGUCGAAUCUAAAAACAUAAUGGAGGUAUUGGAAACAGACAACGAUCGCUUUUCUAUGCUCUUGCAAGUCAUUAAUUUGGCCGGCUUUGCAGACACUUUAAAAAACGGAUUGUACACUUUUCUCGCUCCGACAAACACUGCGUUCUCCAGCUUAUCAAAAGAUGUGCUGGACGAAUUGUUUUCUAACACCAGCGAAAUGAAAACAUUAUUGAGUACGCACAUCGCUGACGGUGUUUUCUUUCUCAGCGAUCUAACGAAAAUGGUUGAGUUGAUGACUAUCGACGGAGAUAUGAAAAAUGUUACAAACGACGGAAGUAUUAACAUGGUGGGAAACUCCACGAUUAUACAAACAGAUAUGAAGGCCGAUAAUGGUGUUGUUCACGCUAUCGGUACGGUCCUCCAAACUACAAAAUAAUAAUUACCUGCCUCAAUUGACAACUAAAGUUCCUAUAACACUUGUCACGAUGUGAAUGUCGCCUUUAAAAUCGUAUGCAAUUUUUGUUAAUCAUUUAUCCCUAUAAUACACGAUGAAAGAAGC